GGCUACAGCUCAGCCAUCAAUGCUGUCGAGUGUUACAGACAGGAAGAGGAAGACAAUAUGUACGAAGGAAUCUUCAAUUUCUUUAUAUUGAACUAUAAUGUGAAUUAUGAAUGCCACUUACUACUCUGAAAAUAGUUCAGCUCCUUCCCUUUCUGCUGGCUGCUUGCUGCAAGCUGGACAUUAAACUUUUAUAUCUGUUUUGAACGGUUAGGGAGUGCUCUCCUUUUCUCCUGCCAACCUCUGCACUGUUCCCUCUAGAUUUAUUGGAAAUGUAACACACCUCUAAGGCAACCUGUUCACUGUCAACCUUUCUCUAAAUAUCCUCCUCUUUAUUUUUUAAGAGCCCUCGUUUCCAACCCCGUCUUCACCGCAAACUGCCUGGUCGGGUCGAAUCAAAGCAGAUUAAUGUGGUUAUUAGUGUUGGUUAAUGGUCAGGAUGUGAGGCGUGGAAUCAGAGAAAAUGCUGUUAACAUUGCCAUCAAACCCGAGGCCUUGAUUGAGUGGCUUUGCAGGGCAGCGUUGUGCCAGAGUAGCAAAUGAAAUCUCUCUCAUUGGCAUUCCUCCUGCGUCGCCUCAGUCCCUGUUUCUUCCCGGCGGCCAGCACUCGGUGUCUCAGCAGUCCUAGGCCCGGGUGUGCUGUCUGCUGAUAAUAAACAGCCCAACAACCGGGCCAGCGUCACAAAGGUUUGCUGAGUUAGAGCCCAGCCACCCAACUCUGUCUAUCUCUCUCAAAGGUUCCACCCUGUGUGAGGAGGUUGCUGCUGCUGUUACUCCACAUCCAGGCCUCCCCCACCCCUCCUCCGCCAGCGCAGGGCAGCCACACAAGCGUUGGCUCGAUUCCAGGGAGGCUCCGAUCCUGCAGCCACGUCAAUCACGUCUUCACCGCUGGGUAGCUAUCAAGCAUGCAGACAGACUACUCCUGCCUUUGAAUUUUGAACAGACUUCUGAGAUUAUGUGGUCUUGUUUUUUGCGAUAGUUUUUCAUGCUUGUUGGUUAUUUCUGGGGUCGCUCAUGUGUGCAUUCUUCAUGUAAAAGAGACUUUUUGUCCACCCAAGCGUGCAACACUCUCAAAACACACACACACACACACACACACACACACACACACACACACACACACACACACACACAAACAGAGAUGCCAGAGGGCUCAGGAUUAAUCUCAUGAGGUCUGAUCAGAGCGUUUUUUUUAAGCCCAUUGACUAGUUUGAUUCGGGCUCCAGGUGCUGUCUACUGAACUGUCUCAAACUCAGCAACUGCAUUUCAAAGUACGUCCUUGGUGAGGCAAAGAAAAGCGUAGGAUAAAUCAGCGUUGCGUAUGAAAUGUUGUCUUGCCUGCAAAGCAUAGCAUUGCUGUUGAACAAGUUGGUUACACAUACUGAUGAGCUGAGAGGCAUGCAGUAUGUAAGGACAGAACUUCCUCAAGCUGCACUGUGACUACGUGUAAUGUGAGAGGAGUUCUAAUGAUGAGCUCUGUUUUGUGCUGUACUGUCUUUCUGCUCAUUGUUUUAUUUAUCGCCCAUGACUUACUCGUAUGGUUCACUCUUACUGCUCUCAUAAACCCUGUUUUCAACAAAAAUGCUCUGAUAAACCCAAUAUACAGUACCUGGUCAGCAAACAGACAAAGUUGGCGGCUAGCUGGGGAACAUAGUGGAGCAUUUAGUAUCUAAAGAGGCAGAUAUUUCCCACGAGCUGGUGGAUAACAAAAUAGAUCCAAAAGGAGAGUCAACAUUGCUUUACAAUCAUUGGGUGACCUAACAAAUGACUCCAAAUGAAUGCUAAUGUUGUUCUGUCUACCUAUUGUUGUCUGAUAGGCAACUGUUUGUGACCACGAUCGCCAUUUCAACUUUACAAAUAUGUCAAUGUUGUGUUUUCAUCUCGUUGUGCUGGCCGAAAAAGUAAAUUUUUGCAGCUUUAAAUGUUUGUUUGGAUAAAGAUUGUGUGGAAGUAGCACCCGGUUUUAAAGAUAUCUAUUCAGGUUUGUUAUGUACAGGUGUAUGGAAAUGCACCUUGUAACUCAUUUAAUACCUCUCUUCUCACUCUUGUUUCCUUUUCAGUUUUUUCUUUUCUUUCCUGUCCCUCUACUGUUAUGCCUCUGCAGGCUUCCUGCUUCCAGAAAGCCCUUAAAUGACCCGACCGACAUCAUAUCCCUGUAGGUCUCCUUCCUACACACAAAUCAGGCUUACAUGAUCACGGAAAGAGAUGCAAGCAACGGCGUCCUUUUGUUUUCCUCCCUUCUCUCCCCUCCAGCUCUGCUACGCUGCAUUUCAUCAUCACGUCCCCCUACACUCUGCCUUUGUUCCGAGUUAAAUAAAUGGGUCCUGGGUUUCCGCCGAGUUCUCAUUUAGCCUAGGUGUGUUUGACCCUCUGGAUCCGAUUCAAUCACUGUCUACCCACAAGUAAUAUCCUCUGCCUGCCCUUAUCUCUAACUCCAAAUUACUGAGCUUCAGCCCUGUCCUACGAGCACCACAGAGGGAGGCGAGGGAACAAGGAGGGAGCCUCGUGAAGGCCAUACAAGGUAGCUGCCGGACAGAAAAAAGAUGAGACACCCAAUGAGGUUGCAGCGAUUCUGAGGACGUAGAUCCAGCUCCAUGCCCUGGGCUGGCAGGGAAAUUAGCGCUGCACAGUGCUCACUCAGUCAUCCAACUGGUGUGGCAUGAGGGAACAUUGUUUCGCCUCAUCUGCUGCACAUAAGGGAUCUGAUUUUGGAGUUGCAGCCUGUUAAAAUGUUAUCUCGCUCCAAGACAUUUGAGAAGGGUUUACUAUACUUUGUCAGUGAGAGAGAUUUCCCUCUCUGCUUUUUCCUCUUCCCUAAUUUGUGGGCUGCUGCAUUAUAGCUGGUGAUUGACGGCAUGCAAGUGUAUUCCAUACUUUUUAUGAUACAAACCAGUGUAGCAACUGUCAUAGGCAUGUACAUGGUCAUCUGCUCAACUGCUGAAUUAGCCUCGCCUCAUGUUGCUGCACCCCCUGUGUCACAGAACAUCCCCAGCCAAGUGUGUUCGACAAUGAGCUAAUGUGGCAGCGCCCUCGCCACUGUACUCCUAUGCUAAUCAACAAAAUAGCAUGAAGCACAAUCAUCAACAUGUUUCCCUAAGGUUUAUCCCCUCCAAAGCUCCCAGCCCAUCAGUCCUCCGUCCAUGCUGAUUCCCACAUAUUAUAACCUUUGCGUCAUCAUUUUCUGCUUUGCAUCGUAAUCCGUGUGUUAAUAAAGCUAAAGCACAUGAUUACUUGGUACAUCUGAAACUGGCUAAAUAUGUCAACAUCACAGUAGUGCUUUUAGGUUUUUUAAAACCCUCAUGCGACCACAGAAGUAACUCUGCACUGCAGAGCUCAGUGUUAACAUCACUCACUGUUCGUGUGGCUCUCUGCUAAUCUGUGUUCAAGGCAGCUUAGCCUGCUUGCCCACCCUGAAUGUCCCCGAGUGUGUCAAAGACCCACCACAGUGGCUUCUGGGAGCAUUAUGUUCCACAUCACGUUUUCUUUCUCCCUUUCUGUUCUUCCUUCGCUCUGUAAUUCUGCUCCUCUACUCCCUUGUCACAGUUUGAUCGUCUUAUCUCAUCUUUUCAUUUGAAUCUGCUGCCUUCCUCUUUCAUUUUCUCGUUCUCCUUCCUCCCUUGUUGUCCAAUGAUGGGCUAGAGGCUGCAAUGCAUGUGUGUUGUACUCCAGAGGCCUGAGGAUGAGCAAAUGUGGCACUCCCCUAUCGUCCUCUCCCUCUUCUCACUAGUCUCCCUUUUUGCUGUCACAUCUCCCACUACUCCUCUUCACUACUUUAUUUCCCAUUUCACUUAGCAUGUAUCUCUCCCUCACUCCCUCUGCCCGUCGCCUCUAAGAAUGAUGGGUAAUACUCGGGGAAUGGGGCUGGGUGACGGAUCAGAGAUCAGCUUCUCGACAGAAUCUGCCUUACCAUUUGCUCUUCUGAUGUUUGUGUAUGUGGUUGUUCGCCUUUGCGCCGGUGUGGGAAUAUGUGGAAGCUGCGGGGCGGCCCUCGUGGCCGGGAUGCCACUGUGUGCCGUGCCAGUCCACAGUGGACAGUGAGGGCCAGGAGGAGGGGGCCGAGUGCAGGACACUGAGAGGUGGCGGCCCGCACCAAACAGGAGAAAUGAACCUCUGCUGGAACGAGAUCAAACGCAAGUCCCACAACAUCCGGGUGCGGCUGGAGGCCUUCUCCGACAACAGCGGGAAGCUGCAGCUCUCUCUGCAGGAGAUCAUAGAAUGGCUGACCGCCAAGGACGAGGAGAUGUCGGAGCAGCUGCCCAUAGGAGGCGACGUGGGGGCCGUCCAGCAUCAGAGGGAGUUCCACCAGGCAUUCAUGGAGGAUGUCAAGUCUCGCGGGCCGUUCAUCUACUCAGUCUUGGAGUCUGCCCAGGCCUUUCUGGCUCAGCAUCCCUUCCAGGAGCCAGAGGAGACCCUGACUGAUGGAAAAGAGGUGUCUCCACGCCGGCGAAUCUUAAACGUGAGCCGUUCAGUGUGGAAGCAGGCAAACGUGGCCAGUGACCUGUGGGAGAAGUUGACUGCACGCUGUGUGGAUCGCCAUAGACACAUGGAGAGGACAUUAGAGCGUCUACUUCAGGUCCAGGCGGCGAUGGAGGAGCUGGCAGUGGCCCUGGAGCAGGCAGAAGGGGUGAGAGACGCCUGGGAGCCCGUCGGAGAUCUCUUCAUCGACUCUCUGCAGGAUCACAUAGACGCCACUAAGUUAUUUAAGGAGGAGCUAACCCAAGUGAAGGAGGGCAUGAAACACAUCAAUGAUCUGGCCCACCAGCUGGCUAUCUCCGAUGUCCAUUUGUCGAUGGAGAACGCCCGCGCCCUGGAGCAUCUCAACAGCAGAUGGAAAGUGCUUCAGGCUUCCAUAGAGGAGCGGCUGAAGCAGCUCCAGGAUGCACACAGAGACUUUGGCCCCGGAUCGCAGCACUUCCUAUCCAGUUCAGUGCAGAUACCGUGGGAGCGUGCCAUUUCCCCCAGCAAAGUGCCCUACUACAUCAACCAUCAGGCCCAGACAACGUGCUGGGACCAUCCAAAGAUGACAGAACUGUACCAAGCACUGGCGGAUCUGAACAACAUCAAGUUCUCAGCAUACAGAACAGCCAUGAAGCUGCGGAGAGUUCAGAAGGCUCUGAGAUUGGAUUUAGUGGCGCUGAGCAGCCUCGCGGAGGUGUUUCGGGAGCGGGAGCUGCAGCAGGGGGAGCAUGUGAUGGACGUGGUGGAGAUGAUCCACAACCUGACGGCUCUGUACGAGAGGCUGGAGGAGGAGAAGUCCAUCCUUGUCAACAUUCCACUUUGUGUCGACAUGUGUCUCAACUGGUUGCUCAACGUCUACGACAGCGCUCGUAAUGGCAAAAUACGCGUUCUCAGUUUCAAGAUGGGAUUGGUGAGCUUGUGCAAUGCAGACGUCCAAGAGAAGUACAAAUAUUUAUUCCGUCAGGUGUCUGGUCCUGGAGGUUUGACAGACCAGCGUCACCUCAGCCUGCUGCUCCAUGAAGCCAUCCAGAUCCCCCGACAGUUGGGUGAAGUCGCUGCUUUUGGGGGCAGCAACGUGGAGCCCAGCGUCCGCAGCUGCUUCCGCGUGGCCCCAGGGAAACCUUCCAUUGAGGUGUCUCACUUCCUGGAGUGGAUGAGCCUGGAGCCCCAGUCGAUGGUUUGGCUGCCUGUCCUGCACCGUGUGGCUGCUGCAGAGUCAACCAAGCACCAGGCCAAAUGCUACGUCUGCAAACAGUGUCCCAUCAAGGGCUUCAGGUAUCGCAGUUUGAAGCAGUUCAAUGUGGACAUCUGCCAGACAUGUUUUCUAACCGGCCGCACUACCAAGGGAAAGAAGCUGCACUACCCCAUCAUGGAGUACUACACACCAACGACCUCGGGAGAGAAGAUGAGGGACUUUGCCAAGACUCUGAAGAAUAAGUUCAGGUCAAAGCAGUACUUCACCAAGCACCCGCAGAGAGGUUACCUGCCAGUGCAAUCUGUGCUGGAAGCCGAGAACUCGGAGACGCCAUGCUCCUCACCCAAGCUGCCCCAUGCAGACACACACAGCAGGAUUGAACAUUAUGCCAGCAGAUUGGCUGAAAUGGAGAGCCAGAAUUGUUCAUUCUUCACGGAUAGCCUGUCUCCUGAUGAAAGUCUGGAUGAAGAUCAGUACCUCCUGCGUCACUCCAGCCCAGCCCUGGACCAUGACUCACCCUGCGGACAGCACAUGCUGCUGGCCCACCUGGAGCACCAGGACAAGGACCAGCUCCAAUGCACCCUGGCCCGCCUGGAGAAUGAGAACAGGGUGCUGCAGAGCGAGUACAGAAGGCUCAAGUGGAAGCACGAAGAGGCGGCGUCGGUUCCCAUGCUGACUGAGGCUGGAGAGGGUGGACCAGGUUCACCCACGGAGGAAGGGCAGCAGGAUGAGGAGCUCCUGGCCGAGGCACGGGUCCUUCGACAACACAAGACGCGUCUGGAGACCCGCAUGCAGAUCCUGGAGGACCACAACAAACAGCUGGAGUCCCAGCUUUGCAGGCUCAGGGAGCUACUGCUACAGCCCAAAGAUGACUCGGAAGCCAACGGAUCAGAGCCGUCAACCCUGUCUUCUCCUGUCUCUGGAGGGGGUCAUCACGGGGAGCCGGCCAGCAGAGAGACCACUGACACUGAAGCAGCAGGGGACGAUAUGGAGCAUGAACAAGAUACGGUGCUGCAGCUCCAGGAAGUCAUCGAGCAGCUAAGAAACGUCUUCCCUUCAGAACCGGGCACCACCUCACAUAUCUAACCCCGAGUGGGCCUGGAGUGAAAGCCUGAAAAGAAGCCUGAUGGCAGAGGGAUGAGCUCCAUACGGCUGAGGUCAGGCCACAGUACAGCAGGCCCUGUGACCACUGCAGCAGCUAUGAUACCCAGAGCUAACUCUCUCCUGGAAUCUGUGCACUAAAAGCCUUUUUCAUGCAAACUGCUACAGGCUCACGCUGAUGUCGGUUUGGCCAGGCUGUGCUUCAUCACUACAGUGGCGCAGCCUGACAUUAUGCUGACGAGCCAAAGGAAACUAACAUUAGCAGCAGGUCAGGGAGAGACUAAAGUAAAGGAACAUGCCCAGCCAAGACACUGUGCUAACCAGUACCUGUGUAGUUGUUAGAAGGUGUGAAGCUUUAUAUGUCCACAGCACAAAUUGGACCUUUCUUAAGGAGAACUUUAAAAAAUAGAAAAAAAGGAAUAAGAAGAAUAUCCCCUUGUUUUGUCAGAAUGCCUGUAUCGUCAGUGUUUUUUUUUUCCUCCUUGAAUGUGUUAUCAUGGUUGUUAUCUUUGUUUUUUGAAGGGAGGCAGCACGUCAAAGCUUGCUAGUAAACUAGAUCAGGGCUGGGCUGACUGCAAUUCAUGUGGCUGCGUGGUGCAGAUUGUCAGGGAGUUGACAGCACCCACAACGAGCUUAUUUACUUUGUGAGAAAGACACAUCAUCAGUUAAAUCCAUGAUUUAUUUAAGACAGCCAAAGUGCCCGCUAGCACAGCGCGUCUGUAUGCACACACUGUGUUCCUCUAAUCCUCUCAAACUGCUUGUCGCUCUUAUUGCUCCCCUUUCUUAAAUGAGCCCUUUACGCUCAUACAGAGCCACUUGCACUCACCGUACACGCGCACACACACACACACACACAUACACACGUAUGCUGCUACAUACACACUCCCUAUUUACAAUGCACGCUUUCCUCAUUGUGCGCAAAUGGCUCCUUCCAUGAUCAAUAACGUGCCAUGCUGCAUCACUAAAAAUACAGACACUUCCAUGAAAAUGGAGAUCCAUUUCAUCUCUUUGGCUCAAGGGAUUUAGGCACGCUCCCGUUUUGAGCCAAUUUGUAUUGUGGCUUUUGUUGAGGAAAUGUCUGCCGAUAAAUAUCAGCAUGCGGGCGUCGACUCUGGGAUCUUCUCCCGCUGUGUGCGGAGAAAGAGAGGGAAGGAGCUCCAGGCGAUAGUGCUGCAAGGCUGAAGCUUGCUUUCUCCUUAUAGCCCUCUUUCUACAUGCCUAAUUUUCCUUUGCUAAUGCGUACUUAAUUGCGAUUAGAUGUACAAAAAGACGAGUGGUUAAAAUAUCAUUGCCCUCAUUGUAUCAGGGUCGUAGGGUGCGUUCUGUUCUAGACAUAGCACAGUCAUUGAAUGCCUUAAAACCAAACUGAGUCCAUAUGAAACCAGAGUUCAUCUCUCUGGACUUCUUUUCUUCAUUGUGUUUUUAGAUUGCAUCAGGAGUGUGUGUGUUUGUGCGACACUGUUACUAACUGGAACAGGAACAAUGGAAAAGUGUCGAGAGCAGAGCAUCCAUACGUUGAAAACAUUUAAAUAGGGCUUUUAUGAAUGAGCCUGUGAUGCUCUGAAGAUCUGAGAAAUGAGAGGGGAAAGGGUCGACAGAAAAAAAAACAAUCCACCUAUUGCUAGAGGGCUGGUGGGAGAGAUUCACUUUGAUGGUCCUGCCACAGCGAAAUCUCCAGAAGCAGGAUGCCUGAAACGAGGAAGCUGUGGCUCUGUGUGUUUCUCAGCAAAUCCUACUGCCUCAUUCUCACAGAAAACAGAGAGAUUAGGAAAUUAUCUAAGACCUUAAAUGACACUCUGACCUCACUCACGAGUUUUAAACCCAUGUACUGCAUUUAUUACAGGCUUGCCCUCCAGGCACCCAGCGCUCAUAUUUUACACACUAUCCUCCUCAGCACUGGCUGCCCGUUUUGAUACUGUUGCUAGGGAACUGUCCCCAAGGACGCGGUUCCACAGGUUUGUGAGUUGUAAAGGUGAUGUGCCGCUCGUAAUACAAAUGUUAAUAGCCUUAAGGGAAGCGAGAGAGAGAGCUCCCUUCUCCUCUUCUUCACUUCCACCUCCACUGAAGCCUGUUGCUGUUCAGCUGCUGAUCAUUAGCAUCAGUUGAAUCCAUCUCCAGCAUCACUUAAGAUUGUUUUUCUGGUGAAACUCUCAAAAGUCAGAACAAAGAGUAGCAACUCGGCUCGUGGGUGAACAAAAGAAAAAAGCCACGACAAUGCAAUGUUUAUUCAUUCAUUUAUUGCUAUUCACACAUCUCAUUACACAUUCAUGAUCACUUUUAUCUCCAUACUUUGUGUGCGGAUACACAGAAUGAUGCAACAGUGACAGCGUGGAGAAAAAAAGAAGCAGAGGAACUCCCCACAGGGCUGCCUGUCAACACUGGUCUUGUUUAUUUAAAGGCAAUAUAGACGAGGCAGGUCGAGAUGAACACACCAGGUGGUUAUAUGACACAAACAGUUUGUCCCCAUGUUUUCUCUCUGCUGCCCUUUGACACCAGUGACUUUGAUGGUCCCCCAGCUGCAGUAGAGUCAUCUCUCAUUCACUGCGUGAUCAUCCGGUCCAUGCACUAAUUUCUAUACUGGUGGUGGCUCCCUAUAUUCCCUGCACCCGUUGAAACAGACCCUGCUCCCUGUGGCGUGACUGAAGCUGUGCGAUUGAAGAAAAAGGCUUUCCGCAGAGGCAAGAGUCACCCCAGAGGACACUGCUGUCUCUCUCCAGACUUCUGUUACUGCAUGUAGCCAACACGCUGACGGUCAUUACUCCCCUGCCUUUGUUUCACAACAUGUAGGCUAUCAUGCACCUAAGCUUACAUGACGACGAAUCAUCUAACCUCAAACAAGGUGUUGAUAACACUAAUACAUGUAUACACACACUCAUACAUUACUGGUGAACUGAGUUUUUUUUUUUUUUUUUUGUUAAGAUCACCAUUAACAUACCUCAUUAAUCAUUCAAAUGUUUAAUGGUUUUGAUUUAUGUCGAUGUCCAGCGCUCAAACACUUCUUGCUGUCUUUUCUCUGGAGUUUUUAAUCUGUAUAAAAAGUUUUCUGAAGAAAGGCUUUUUACUGUAAUAACAAGUGGGUUACUGGCUGCUUUUUACUCUUUGUGUACAGAAAUAAAAACUUUGUAUUUGGCAAA